GGUGCCCGCCAGCCGGCGGCGCCGGCUUGUGCCUCAGAGUGCGGGCGCCGGGUGGCCAUGGAGGAAGGCUUGGCAGACGAGCUUGACGAAGAGGAGCAGCUGGUGAGAAAGCAACGCAAAGAGAAGAAGGAGUUGCAAGCCAAAAUUCAAGGUAUGAAGAAUGCCGUUCCCAAGAACGACAAGAAGAGGAGGAAGCAGCUCACGGAAGACGUGGCUAAGCUGGAGGCAGAAAUGGAGCGGCGGCACCGAGAGGAGCUGGAGCAGUUGAAGCUGGCUUCCCAGGAGGGUCAGAGAGAUUUUGAUGCUGUUAACAUUUCAAACUUGGUUCUUGAGAAUCAGCCGCCUCGGAUAUCAAGAGCACAAAAGAGACGGGAUAAAAAAGCUGCAUUGGAAAAGGAGCAGAAAGAAAGGAUAGCUGAAGCUGAAAUUGAGAACUUACAUGGAGCUAGACAUGUAGAAAGUGAAAAACUUGCUCAAAUAUUGGCAGCUAGACAGUUGGAAAUUAAACAGAUUCCCUCGGACGGCCACUGUAUGUAUAGAGCCAUUGAAGAUCAGCUGAAAGAGCGGGAAUGCCCUCUGACUGUAGCUGCCUUAAGAAGCCAAACUGCUAACUAUAUGCAAAGCCACAUGGAAGACUUUCUGCCAUUUUUAACAAACCCCAAUACAGGAGAUAUGUAUACUCCAGAAGAGUUUGGAAAGUACUGUGAUGAUAUUAUAAACACAGCUGCAUGGGGAGGCCAGCUGGAGCUAAGAGCCCUGUCUCAUAUUUUACAAACACCAAUAGAGAUAAUACAGGCAGAUUCUCCUCCUAUUGUAGUUGGCGAAGAAUAUCCAAACAAACCAUUAAUACUUGUAUAUAUGAGACACGCAUAUGGCUUAGGAGAACAUUACAAUUCUGUCACGUGGUUGGUGAACAGAGUUACUGAAAACUGCAGCUAGUUUACAGAGUGUUGCACAAUUAUGUUUUUGUACAGUGUGCCGAUAUGAGUAUUUAUACCAAGUGCUGGAUUGUUGUAAACGUUACUGAAAAAACAACUACUUUAAAUCAGUUUUAUGGCAUAGCUGCUAAUAGGUUUUUAAAAAAUAGUCAGAGAUAAACUUUAACCAGUAUCCCCUUACUGGUAUUUUAAACACUUGUACGUCCAUUGUGGAGAGCAUCAUUCAUAGGCCAAGAUGCAACCCUAUUUGCUUAUAUUUUUUAUUAAUAUGGGAUCCUGAACAUUCUGUUGAAAUAAAUCUUAAUGUUUUAUUAAAAGCUUUCAGUAACCA